AUGGCGCUGCCGGCCAGGCUGAUGCCCCUGUGCUGCUUGGCACUUCUGGCGCUGCCCGCCCAGAGUUGCGGGCCGGGCCGGGGGCCGGUUGGCCGGCGCCGCUACGUGCGCAAGCAGCUCGUGCCGCUGCUCUACAAGCAAUUUGUGCCCAGUGUGCCGGAGCGGACCCUGGGCGCCAGUGGGCCUGCCGAGGGGAGAGUGGCAAGGGGCUCGGAGCGCUUCCGGGACCUGGUGCCCAACUACAACCCGGACAUCAUCUUCAAGGAUGAGGAGAACAGUGGUGCAGACCGCCUGAUGACCGAGCGCUGUAAGGAGCGGGUGAACGCGUUGGCCAUUGCCGUGAUGAACAUGUGGCCCGGAGUGCGCCUGCGGGUGACCGAGGGCUGGGACGAGGACGGCCACCACGCUCAGGACUCACUCCACUACGAAGGUCGUGCCUUGGACAUCACCACGUCCGACCGCGACCGCAAUAAGUAUGGGUUGCUGGCGCGCCUGGCAGUGGAAGCCGGCUUCGACUGGGUCUACUACGAGUCCCGCAACCACGUCCACGUGUCGGUCAAAGCCGAUAACUCACUGGCCGUCCGGGCAGGCGGCUGCUUUCCGGGAAAUGCCACGGUGCGCCUGCGGAGCGGCGAGCGGAAGGGGCUUCGGGAACUGCACCGCGGAGACUGGGUGUUGGCGGCAGACGCGGCAGGCCGGGUGGUGCCCACGCCCGUUCUGCUCUUCCUGGACCGGGACUUGCAGCGCCGGGCCUCUUUCGUGGCUGUGGAGACCGAGCGGCCCCCGCGCAAGCUGUUGCUCACGCCCUGGCACCUGGUGUUCGCUGCUCGAGGGCCAGCGCCCGCGCCAGGCGACUUUGCACCGGUGUUCGCGCGCCGGCUGCGCGCGGGGGACUCGGUGCUGGCGCCCGGCGGGGACGCGCUUCGGCCGGCGCGCGUGGCCCGCGUGGCGCGCGAGGAAGCCGUGGGCGUGUUCGCGCCGCUCACAGCACACGGGACGCUGCUGGUCAACGACGUCCUGGCCUCGUGCUACGCGGUUCUGGAGAGUCACCAGUGGGCGCACCGCGCCUUCGCUCCUUUGCGCCUGCUACACGCGCUGGGGGCGCUGCUUCCGGGCGGGGCGGUCCAGCCGACGGGCAUGCACUGGUACUCUCGGUUCCUCUAUCGCUUGGCAGAGGAGCUACUGGGCUGAGUGUGGCGGACAUAGAAACCUCGAGACGCCUGCUGAAACCCGGGCGUGCGGGCUGAGA